CAGCGAAUCAUCCUUUCAAGAAAAUCACCAAAUGGUAAUUCAACUUAAGCAAUGACCUUUCUCCUUUCAUUGAAGAAUCCAAUUCUCCCAACAAGAAUACAAACUCAUCUCCCUAAAUUAUCCACUAUGUCAACCAAUUUCUUUAACUCUCAUGCCUUUGCUGGUAACCCAAUAAAGCUAAAAACCCCAAAGUCCACUGAUCCAUUUUCACCAUCUUCUGCACUCAACACCCUUAAAACACUUCUUUUAGGGAACACCCAUGAACCCCAUUUCCCUGAUUUCAAGAUCUUGCCUUUUAGAAAAGGAAGGCCAUUGGCUGGUUCAGUAAGGGGGGAUUCAGCUGAGCCUAAUUGGUGUCUAGGUUGGUUGAGUUUUGGUGAUUGUAAGGCUUUCUUGGAGAAUUCUGAGGUUAAUUUGAGUGAAGAUAAUUUGGUUUAUUUGGGUUCUGAUUCUGAAGGGUGCGGAAUUUAUGUUGUGUAUUGGGCUAUUGAUGUGACUGAGGCUGGUAGUGAGUUGGUUAAAGAAUUGGGUGCUAGGCAGUUUUGCUUUGUUGAGUUGAGGACUUUGAUGGUUGCUACUGAUUGGGAAAAUGCUUCUGCUAUGGGUCAACUUGCUAUUGCUGGUCAUGCCAAAUCAUUACUAGAAUGGCAUACAGCAUCACUUUUUUGUGGAUUUUGUGGAGGUAAGAACAUUUUAAUUGAUGCCGGGAGGCGGAGACAGUGCUCUAAUGAGUUAUGCAAGAAGAAAAUGUAUCCUCGAGUUGAUCCGGUUGUCAUUAUGUUAGUUAUUGACAAAGAGAAUGACCGUGUGCUAUUAAGUAGGCAGUCGAGAUUUGUGCCUCGCAUGUGGAGUUGUAUAGCUGGUUUCAUGGAGCCAGGAGAAAGUUUGGAAGAGGCUGUGAGAAGAGAAACAUGGGAGGAGACCGGUAUUGAAGUUGGACAGGUCGUUUACCAUAGUUCUCAGCCAUGGCCUGUUGGACCUAGCAGCAUGCCAUGCCAACUUAUGGUGGGAUUCUAUGCGUAUGCAAAAUCACUGGAUAUUAAUGUGGAUAAGGAGGAAUUAGAAGAUGCGAAAUGGCACAGCAGAGAAGAUGUGAAAAAGGCGCUCACAGUUGCGGAAUACAAGAAGGCGCAGAAGUCUGUGGCAGGUAAAGUGGACCAAAUGUGCAAGGGUGUAGAAAGAGGACAGAGCUUGUCUACCGACUUCAACUUGGAAAGUGGGGAACUUGCUCCUAUGUUUAUCCCUGGGCCCUUUGCAAUUGCUAAUCAUCUCAUUUCCUCUUGGGUGAAUGGGGUUGAAGCACAAGUUAAACAACUUGCAAGUUCUUUCUCAAAUUUAUAGGACUUUGUAAUUGAUAUCAACAACAUUAUUCUCAAUGCUUCUUAGGACACCAUCUUCUGAUGAGAUGAACAAUUAGUAUUGCAGGGGAGUUGAACUUCCAUUCAACAAUACCUUUGCCGUUGCCAUUGCCAUUGCCAUUGAUUUAGUAGAUGAAUGCUGCCUGCUAGUGUGAAGAUGCACGCGUAUACAUACAUAUAGACAUGCCAGUAUGCAUUUUAAGCAAUUGCUCUUUGGCUACUUCAUUUGUAUUUUUAGUUUUGGGUUAUAGAAUUAUGGGAAAAAUCCCUGUUUCAUUUGUUGUAUAAUACCCCGAUGUCUUCUGCUAUUAUAGUAAAAUUUGUCCUCAUGACCUGAACUUUGCCAUUUUUAUUGUCUAAUUAGUAGCAGUAAUAUUAUGACAAUUUGCUUUAUUCAAGGUAACGGUUGAAAUUGCAGUGCA